AUGAAAGCACAAAUUGAAUAUGCAUCUGAUAUUCAUCAAAUAGCUAUAAUAUCUCAUCAAUCAAUAUGUGUACGAGAUUUACAAAUGAAACUUUAUGAAUUAUUUUUUGUUCCACCAAAUGGACAACGUCUUGUUUAUAAAGGAAUAGAUUUACAUUGUUAUCCAAAUGCAACAUUAGAGAGUUUAUCAUUUAAAAAUAAUGGUCUUAUUCGAUUUGUUGGUGCUCGUUUUCAAGAAUAUCGAUAA